AUGACUCUGAGAGAAGGCUUACCACUUCUGUAUCAGCAGUUCACGGCGUUGUUCAAAAAGAAUCUACUGCUCUCAUGGCGAAACAAGAGCGCCACGUGUCUCCAUCUCUUCUCUUCGUUCUUCUUCAUCUUUCUCAUCUUCUGUAUCCAAGAAACGAUGAAGGCCAGCGACGUAAGCUCAUCAGCUCACGUAAAUGUCAUAGAUCCUAAGGCAUUAGCUUCGCCUCCUAUCCCUCCUUGUGAGGAUAAAUUCUACGUGAAGCUUCCAUGCUACGACUUCGUGUGGAGUGGGAACCAGAGCCCUCGUGUGACUCAUAUUGUCUCUGCUAUUAUGGCUAAUAAUCCAGGAAGACCUAUUCCGACCAACAAGGUUCAGUCAUUCAAAGGGCCUGAGGAGGUAGAUGCAUGGUUUACGUCACAUCCUUUGCAUGCGCCAGGGGCUUUGCAUUUUACGGAAAGGAACGCUACAGUGAUCAGCUAUGGAGUUCAGACAAACUCUUCUUCAGCGACAAAACGUGGUCGGACUGAAGAUCCAACGUUUAAGUUUCUUGUCCCUCUUCAAAUCGCUGCAGAGCGUGAGAUCGCAAGGUCCUUAAUAGGAGAUCCAAAGUUUGGUUGGAGUUUUGGAUUUAAAGAGUUUGCAAGACCAGCUGUUGGUAAAGAAGUAACUAUCUCUCCACUGAAUCUUAUGGGACCAGUGUUCUUUCUUGCUUUCUCCAUGUUUGGUUUUGUUCUCCAACUCGGUUCUCUUGCUACAGAGAAAGAGCUUAAACUUCGCCAGGCAAUGACAAUGAUGGGAGUUUUUGAUACAGCUUACUGGUUAUCAUGGCUUAUAUGGGAAGGCAUCCUUACAUUUGUAUCAUCACUCUUCUUAGUCCUAUUUGGAAUGAUCUUCCAAUUCGAUUUUUUCUUGAAGAACAGUUUCUUUGUUGUCUUCUUACUCUUCUUGUUUUUUCAAUUUAAUAUGAUUAGCCUUGCGUUCCUGCUAUCAUCUUUCAUUAGCAAAUCAUCUUCAGCAACAACUGUUGGUUUCCUUGUGUUUCUCAUUGGCUUUAUCACACAGACUGUAUCUACGGGUGGAUUCCCUUAUACAAGCACACAUUCUCUUGCUCGCCGAGUGAUUUGGUCAUUCUUUCCACCCAAUACCUUUUCUGCGGGUCUGCAGCUGCUUAUUGAAGCGACAUCAGUUCCCGGAAGCCUUGGAAUUAGUUGGAGUAAAAGAGAUGUAUGCUCAGUGGAUGAUGCCAACUGCUUUCUUACAAUGAAUAAAAUCUACAUAUGGCUUGUGGGGACAUUCUUUUUCUGGUUUGUUCUAGCUAUCUAUUUUGACAAUAUCAUCCCCAAUGCCUCUGGUGUAAGAAAAACAAUCUUCUACUUUCUAAAACCUAGUUAUUGGACUGGCAAAGAGGGCAACAAAGUGGAAGUUCCACCUGUAGAGAAUUUAACCCCAGAGGACCAAGAUGUGCUUGAAGAGGAGACACUAGUUAGACAACAAGCAAGUGGUGGAAUAGUUGAUCCUAACAUUGCAGUUCAGAUUCAUGGCCUUGCAAAGACAUAUCCUGGAACUGCAAAGCUUGGUUGUUGCAAAUGCACCAAAACAUCUCCUUUUCAUGCUGUCAAGGGUUUGUGGAUGAAUAUAGCCAAAGACCAGUUGUUUUGUCUUCUUGGACCCAAUGGUGCAGGGAAGACAACUACUAUCAGCUGUUUGACUGGUAUAAAUCCAGUUACUGGUGGGGACGCUCUUAUAUAUGGAGAUUCCAUAAGAAACUCUGUUGGUAUGUCCAACAUUCGUAAAAUGAUUGGAGUGUGUCCUCAGUUUGAUAUUCUUUGGGAUGCUUUAUCAAGUGAAGAACACCUACACCUCUUUGCUAGCAUCAAAGGGUUGCCACCUGCAUCUAUCAAACCGAUUACAGAGAAGUUACUUGCGGAUGUAAAGCUAACAGGAGCAGCUAAAUUUAGAGCAGGAAGUUACAGUGGUGGAAUGAAACGCAGACUCAGUGUUGCAAUUGCACUCAUUGGUGAUCCCAAGCUGGUCUUCCUAGAUGAACCGAAAGGCCGUGCCAUUAUACUGACAACACAUUCUAUGGAAGAAGCAGAUAUUUUAGGUGAUAGAAUAGGGAUCAUGGCUAAAGGCAGGCUCCGUUGCAUUGGAACUUCCAUCAGGUUAAAAUCUCGCUUCGGCACUGGUUUCAUUACAACGGUUAGCUUCCUGGAAAACAAAAAUGACGAUGCUGGAAUCUCAUCAGAACCACUUAAAAGAUUCUUCAAGCAGUAUUGGAACAAUGUUUUGCAGCAUCUGAAAGUUGAGCCAACAGAAGAGAAAAAUGCUUACAUGACUUUUGUUAUCCCCCAUGACAAAGAGAAACUUUUGGCGGGUUUUUUCGAAGAGCUACAAUACAGAGAAUCUGAGUUUGGAAUCUCGGACAUACAGCUUGGGCUUGCAACUCUUGAAGAAGUGUUUCUGAACAUUGCAAGACAGGCUGAACUAGAAAGUGCAACCGCUGAAGGAACCGUGGUUACUCUCGAGUUAGAAUCAGGCAUCUUGGUCGAGAUACCUGUGGGAGCAAGAUUUGUAGGUAUACCAGGAACUGAAAACGCAGAGAAUCCUCGAGGAAUGAUGGUGGAAGUGUAUUGGCAACAAGAUGGUUCGGGAUCGAUGUGCAUCUCUGGACACUCACCGGAGAUGCGCAUACCACAGAAUGUUCCGGUGUUAUAUGAACCACCAUCACAAGUGUUAGGACAUGGGCAACGACGAGUUCGGGGUUCUGUGAUUGAUUAUGAAUCAUCUAGCAGUUAAUAUUAUUAUGCUCAAGUUUUAAUGUUGUUAUGGAGACACUCAGAAGUAUCACCACAUUCAUCUGGAAUAACGAUGAAGUCACUUGUAAUGCUUUGUAUUUAAAUUUUCACAGUACUA